AUGCGAGACAGAUCUCGCAGAUCCUUCACCGUCACCGUCCGGCGAGCUGUCUUCGAUUACUAUAUCGCCGGCGUAGUUUCUGUUAAUGGAUCUUCUCGACCCGAGUUGUCAUCGAAUGGACGUGGUAGCUUGUCGGAAACUCAACUUCCGUUGACGGAGGGCGCGAGAAGAAGCAACCAUAGUCGCAGAUCCUUCACCGUCACCGUCCGGCGAGCUGUCUUCGAUUACUAUAUCGCCGGCGUAGUUUCUGUUAAUGGAUCCGACUUCUCGACCCGCCGUUGUCAUCGACAAUGGGACCGGAUUCUCUUCCUUUUCGCGAUUCGUUCUCUCAUUUGCUCGCGUGUGUUAUCUUUCAGGUACACGAAAAUGGGAUUUGCGGGUAACGUAGAGCCAUGCUUCAUCCUCCCAACGACAGUCGCAGUGAACGAGUCGUUUUUGAAUCAAUCCAAGAGCUCCUUAAAAGGAAAUUUGUCAGCUCAGUACAACGCCGGAGUUGCGGCGGAUCUGGAUUUCUUCAUCGGCGAUGAAGCUAUUACGAAAUCACGGUCUAGUAGUACACAUAAUCUUCAUUAUCCGAUUGAGCAUGGUCAAGUUGAGGAUUGGGAUGCUAUGGAGAGAUAUUGGCAGCAGUGUAUAUUCAAUUAUCUGAGAUGUGAUCCUGAAGAUCAUUACUUUCUUCUCACUGAAAGCCCUCUCACUCCUCCUGAGAGCCGAGAGUAUACAGGAGAGAUUUUGUUUGAGACUUUCAAUGUCCCUGGGCUUUACAUUGCUGUUAAUUCAGUGCUUGCACUUGCAGCUGGGUACACUACAUCAAAGUGUGAGAUGACAGGGGUUGUAGUAGACGUUGGGGAUGGGGCAACUCGCGUUGUACCUGUUGCAGAAGGUUAUGUUAUUGCGAGCUGUAUCAAGACGAUUCCGAUUGCUGGCAAAGACGUCACUCUCUUUAUCCAGCAACUCAUGCGGGAAAGAGGUGAGAACAUACCACCUGAAGAUUCAUUCGAUGUAGCCCGUAAAGUGAAGGAAAUGUACUGCUACACUAGUUCAGACAUUGUAAAGGAGUUUAAUAAACACGACAAAGAACCGGCAAAGUUUAUUAAACAAUGGAAAGGUGUUAAGCCAAAGACAGGUGCACCAUACACUUGUGACGUGGGAUACGAACGAUUCCUUGGACCCGAGGUUUUCUUUAAUCCAGAGAUAUACAGCAAUGACUUCACGACUACUUUACCAGCUGUGAUAGACAAAUGUAUUCAGUCUGCACCAAUUGACACACGUAGAGCUUUAUAUAAGAAUAUAGUGUUGUCCGGAGGUUCAACUAUGUUCAAAGAUUUCGGAAGAAGGUUACAGAGAGAUCUUAAGAAGAUUGUUGAUGCUCGUGUUCUUGCUAAUAACGCACGUACCGGUGGUGAAAUUACGUCUCAACCUGUGGAGGUUAACGUCGUGAGCCAUCCUGUCCAGAAGUUUGCAGUUUGGUUUGGAGGCUCUGUGCUUUCAUCAACUCCUGAGUUUUUCGCGAGUUGCAGAACGAAAGAGGAGUAUGAGGAAUAUGGAGCAAGCAUAUGCCGUACAAAUCCGGUGUUUAAGGGAAUACGGAAGAAGCCCAGCAGCAGCAAGAGUAAAAUUUGUGUAAAUCCAAUGACUGAAGAAAACGUCGGUUAUGGAGGUAACCAGAAGCUACUACAUCAAGGAAGUGGAACUAUCCCUGCUCUAGCUGAUGAAGAACUAAUGGGAGAAGAUGAUGACUAUGAUGAUCUCUACAGCGAUGUUAAUGUUGGUGAGAGCUUCUUCCAAGCUCAUCAUCAGCCGCCUCAAGCACCACCACCCCAAGUCGGUGGCUCAGGUGGUGGAAGUGUUCAAGCUCAGAGUAGUAAUGUUGCUGAACCGAGAAUGGCGAAUGUAACCGGAGGUACAGUUGAAGGGAAGUAUCGAAAUGAUGGAGGGCAUAAUGGAAUCAGUGGACCAGAGACGAGAUCAGAUGUUUAUCCACAAGCAUCUUCCUUUGGAGCAAAAGGAGGAUCAACGUCGAUUGUGUUAAACAGCCAUGGUUAUUCAGGGAACGCUGUGAAUGCGCCGCCUGAGGUACCUGUGCAUCAUAACUCCUAUGGUGCUCCUCCUCCUCAAGGUGCUCAGCAGAUUCCUGUUAGCCAGAUGAGUGUGAAUCCCAAUGUAAUGGUGAACAGAAGCCCGACGCAGCCGUUUGUUGUGGACAAUGGGAACACUAUGCUUUUCGUUGGGGAGUUACACUGGUGGACGACGGAUGCAGAGAUUGAGAGUGUACUUAAUCAGUACGGAAGAGUCAAAGAGAUCAAGUUUUUCGACGAGAGAGUAAGUGGCAAAUCUAAAGGGUAUUGUCAGGUUGAGUUUUAUGAUUCAUCUGCUGCAGCUGCUUGCAAAGAAGGAAUGAAUGGUUUUGUUUUCAAUGGGAAAGCUUGUGUUGUGGCCUUUGCUUCUCCUGAGACGUUGAAGCAGAUGGGAGCUAACUUCACAGGGAGGAACCAAGGACAAAACCAGAUUCAGAACAGAAGGCCUCUCAAUGAAGGAAUGGGAAGAGGUAACAAUAACAACAACAACAUGAAUACACAAAAUGGAGAUGGUGGAAGAAACUACGGGAGAGGUGGUGGAUUUGCACGUGGGGGUCAAGGAAUGGGAAACCGUCCUUGGGGUGGUGGUGCAAUGAGAGGUAGAGGGAUGAACAACAACAUGGCUAACGGGUCUGGUGCUGGACCGUAUGGGCCUGGACUCGCUGGUCCAUCUUUUGGUAAUAUGAUGCAUCCACAGGGUAUGAUGGGAGCUGGUGGGUUUGAUCCUACAUUCAUGGGUCGUGGUGCUGGCUAUGGAGGAUUCUCAGGUCUUGCUUACCCAGGGAUGCCUUCUUAUCCCGGUGUCAAUGCAAUGGGAAUGGUUGGGAUUGCUCCUCAUGUUAAUCCGGCUUUUUUCGGCACGGGGAUGGGAACGAUGGCUAGCUCGGGGAUGAAUGGAGCUCAUGCAGCUGCAAUGUGGAACGAGGCUAAUGGAGGAGGAGGUGGUGGUGGUGGUGAAGACGGUGGUUCUGAAUAUGGUGGCUAUGAAGAUGAGAACCAGGAGAAAGAAGAGAAGCCGCCGUCACGUGAGAAAGAGCGGGCUACCACGGAACGCGACUGGUCUCAUUCUGAGAGCAGCGGUGGUGAUAGGAGACACAAGAGUCACCGUGAAGAGAAAGAUAGCCACCGUGAGUAUAAGCAGCAGAGAGACCGUGAUUCUGAUGAGUUUGAUAGAGGACAGUCUUCUAUGAAGUCUCGAAGCAGGUCAAGAAUGGCAGAAGAUGAUCAUAGGUCCAGGUCAAGAGAUGCAGACUAUGGAAAGAGAAGACGAGGAGACUGA